CACAUAAAUUAAUAAAAAAGAAAGAGAGAAAUAUAUAUAAAAAAAAUUUAAAAAACAAUAAACUAACAAACAAGUUAAUUUAAAAAUAUAAAUAUAAACUUAUUGGGUCACUGAUAAAGCCAAAAUUUAUAUUUAAAAAAAUUAAAUCAUGAGAAAAGAAUUAAAAACAAUUGACCAUGAAACAGAGGCAAAUGAAAGAACAGCAUUGCGACAAAAAUUUGAAUCAAUUGAUGAUGUUCUACCAUUUGUUGGAAAUUUUGGAAAAUAUCAAAUAUAUUUAUUAAUUGCAUUAUUUCCAUACUGUAUAAUAUAUUCAAAUUUAUAUUUUUCAACAUUUUUUUUAACACUUGUACCACAAGAACACUGGUGCCAAGUUGAUGAAUUUAAAAACCUCAAUUUAACAAUGGAACAAAGAGUUAAAGCAGCAAUUCCAUCAUCAAAUGAAUAUCCCUACUAUGAUAAAUGUCAUAAAAAAAAUUUAAAUUACACACAAUUAUUAUCGAGUGAUAAUAUAAAUAAUUUAAAUAAUAUUGAAGAAUGGAAAACUAAUGAAACAAUUGAGUGUAAUAAAUGGGAAUAUAAUAUGUCUGUUGUUCCAUAUCUCAGUAUUGGUAGUGAGCUAGGCUGGGUAUGUGACCAGGAAUAUUUAAUAUCAUCAGCCCAAGCAAUUUUUUUUUGUGGCUCAAUACUUGGUGGUUUUAUAUUUGGCUGGAUUGCUGAUCAUAAAGGACGUAUACCAGCUUUGGUACUAUGUAAUUUUAUUGGACUAGCUGGUACAAUUGCAACAGCAAAUGCAACAACAUUUUAUGGAUUUGCAUUGUGUCGUUUUAUUACUGGUUUUGCAUUUGAUAAUUGCAUCAACAUUCCACUUAUUUUAGUUGUAGAAUAUAUGUCAGUUAAAAGACGUACGUUAGUUUUUAAUAUUGCAUUUGGUGUACAUUUUGCAAUUGGCAGUACAUUAUUACCAUGGGUUGCUUAUUAUGUUGCUAAUUGGAGACACCUAGCAUACAUUGUUGCAAUACCAAUGAUUUUUGGAUUAUUUACACCAUGGAUAUUGCCAGAAAGUGCACGGUGGUAUGCAACUAAAGGAAAAUGGGAAAAAGUAAUAGCAAAUUUAAAAAAAAUAUCAAAAAUAAAUGGCAUGAAUCCAGAUCCAAUGAUUUAUGAUAAUUAUGUGAGAAAUGCUAGUAAUGCACACAAGUGUAAUGAAUCAGCAACAUUAUUGGAUUUAUUUAAAACACCAAGACUUGCUAGAACAACAAUUUUAAUUAUUGCAUUUUGGACAAUGACAAUAAUUUGUUUUGAUGGACAUGUUUAUUCAUUAAAGUUACUUCAAAGUUCUGUAUUUGUAUCAUUUUCAUUGGCAUCAGCAACAGAAUUACCAGCUGGUUUAUUGGUGACAUUGAUACUUGAUCGUUUAGGACGUCGUUUUUGUGGUUUUAUAACAAUAACUGGAAUUGGUAUUUGUAGUUUUGCUGAGUUAUAUUUACCAGCUCCUGGAGCAAAAUUAGCAUCAUCAGUUAUGGCACGUUUUUGUGGUAAUAUGGCUGCAAAUAUUGGUCUUCAAUAUGCAGCUGAAGUAUUACCAACACCAGUUAGAGGACAAGGUGUUGCAUUGGUACAUAUUUUUGGUAUUUUAGCACAUGCUGUUGCACCUUACAUCACUGAUCUUGUUUUUAUAUGGACUGGUCUACCAAUGAUGUUUUUGGGUGUAACAGCACUUUUAACUGGAUUAUUGGUGCUAUUUCUACCAGAAACACUUGGACGUGAUCUACCUCAGACACUUCAACAGGGUGAAGAUUUUAGCAGAGGUGAUAAAUUUUGGUCAUUUCCAUUUUGUAAUAAACAAGAAAAUGAAAAUGAUUAAAAAAACUUAAUUUCAACUUAAAUAUAAUACUUUAACAAUUACCAUUUUUAUCUUACAAAAAAAAAAAUUUUAUAAAUGAAAUAAUAAAUGAAAAUAAAUGAUUUAUAUUAUUAUUUA